CAAGAGGCCUUGAAAUCCAUCAUGAAGGACCUGGUAGCACUCCAGAUGAGCCGACGCCACAGACUGACUGGGUAUGAUACCAUGAAGAAUAAAGACACUGCUCACUCCAACAAACAGAAAAAACACAACGCCAGCAGUCCACCCCUCUUGGGCAGCCCUGCAAUAACAAACCAGUGUGCCUCUGCAGUGGAAGAAAAAAAAAUUCCGAAUGAUGUAAGGAUAAAGUUUGAACAUAAUGGGGAAAGACGAAUUAUCCCAUUUGUCCGUCCCGUGCGCUAUGAAGAUGUGCAACAGAAAGUGAAAACAGCCUUUGGCCAGCCACUGGAUCUCCACUACAUGAACAAUGAGCUAUCUAUUCCUUUGAAAAAUCAAGAUGACCUGGAUAAAGCAGUAGAUCUCUUAGACCGAAGCUCUAAUGUGAAAAGCCUUAGAAUAUUAUUGCUGUCUCAGGACAGAAACCAUACCAGUUCUUCGCCCCAUUCUGGACUGCCCAAACAAGUCAGAAUUAAAACUUCCCAAUCUGUGGGGGAUGUGAACACACCCUAUCAGCAGCCAGAACCCAGAAGUAGGCAUCUGUCUGUCAGCUCCCAGAACACAGGCCGAAGUUCACCACCUCCUGGGUAUGUUCCAGAGAGGCAGCAGCGCAUUGCUCGGCAGGGUUCCUACACCAGCAUAAAUAGUGAAGGCGAAUUCAUCCCAGAAACCAACGAACAGUGUAUGCUGGACCCUUUAAGCAGUGCUGAAAACUCGGUGUCAGGAAGCUGUCAGUCCUUGGACAGGUCAGCAGACAGUCCUUCUUUUCGGAAAUCACGGAUGUCGAGGGCACAAAGCUUUCCUGAUAAUAGACAGGAGUUCUCAGACCGUGAGAAUCAGAUCUAUGACAAAGCGGGGAAAGGUGGGACCUACCCUCGGCGCUACAAUGUCUCCAUGCAGCACAAAGACUACAAUGACGGCCGGAGGACAUUUCCCCGGAUACGGCGUCACCAAGGGAAUCUUUUCACCUUGGUCCCUUCAAGUCGUUCCUUAAGCACCAACGGAGAAAACCUGGGCCUGGCGUUGCAGUACCUGGACCCCCGGGGGCGCCUGCGGAGCGCCGACAGCGAAAAUGCCCUUGGUGUGCAGGAGAGGAACAUUCCCACCAAAUCUCCUAGUGCUCCAAUAAACUGGCGACGAGGAAAACUGCUGGGGCAGGGUGCCUUUGGUCGUGUGUAUUUGUGCUAUGAUGUGGACACGGGCAGAGAGCUUGCAGCUAAGCAGGUCCAGUUUGACCCAGAGAGUCCUGAAACAAGCAAGGAAGUGAGUGCCCUGGAGUGUGAAAUUCAGCUGCUAAAGAAUCUCCAGCACGAACGCAUUGUUCAGUAUUACGGCUGCUUACGGGAUCGAGCCGAGAAGACCUUGACCAUCUUCAUGGAGUACAUGCCAGGGGGGUCAGUGAAAGACCAGCUGAAGGCGUAUGGUGCUCUCACGGAAAAUGUAACCCGGAAAUACACUCGCCAGAUUCUCGAGGGAGUCUCGUACCUUCACAGCAACAUGAUUGUGCACAGGGACAUAAAGGGAGCCAAUAUUCUCCGUGACUCUGCUGGGAAUGUGAAGCUUGGGGACUUUGGGGCCAGCAAACGGCUGCAGACAAUCUGUAUGUCUGGAACAGGCAUCCGCUCUGUCACUGGCACGCCAUAUUGGAUGAGCCCGGAGGUGAUCAGCGGAGAAGGCUAUGGAAGAAAAGCAGACGUAUGGUGAGGCUUCAACCUCCUCUCUCAGAGCUGUACCUUGAUUCAAUUUUUUCUUUUUUUCCCACCCCCCCACUGGGCAGAGUACGAAGCCAUGGCAGCCAUUUUCAAAAUCGCCACCCAACCAACCAACCCCCAGCUCCCCUCUCACAUAUCAGAACAUUGCCGGGACUUUCUAAAGCAGAUCUUUGUGGAAGCCAGGCACAGACCCUCUGCUGAAGAGCUGCUCAGACAUCAGUUUGCACAGCUCCAGUACUGAAUUACCUCCCUCGCUAGCAGCUCCUGCUGGGCUUUUGGUGCCCCGUCUGGUCUAGUUGCAACUGCCCGUUGUGGUGCUGCAUCUUCAAAAUGCCAACUCAGCUGUCCUAGUCCUUUGGGGAAAUUAAUGCCAAGGAACCUAGGGUCUGCUCUUGUGCCUGAUACCUUUGUUUGCUGGACUAAUGUUUAUUCUACCGACAGCUGUCCAAACAGAGCUGCAUUUUUGCCCUAGUUACCUUGAUGUGAAAUUGCAGCUGGCUGCAUGUUUUCUGCAGGCCCGAGAAUGGGAAUACGAGAAGUGUCUCACAGGGUGAACGUGGAAGAAAUGUGAACCAAAGUGGGAACUGGAAGAGCUAUGCUCUUUGGAACAGAAACGUGCAACAGCCAUCCGGACCAGCUCUCUGUGUGUGGGUCACUGUUUUCCAGACUGCUAGGGCUUUAGAGGCAUCUAUAGUACAUGAAUCCAGCAAAAAGCCAUGUGUCAUUGAGCAUGCGCUCGCUAUAUAAUUAAUUAUAUAUUUUUCUUCUUAAGUAUUCAGCAUCUGAAGGUGUUCAGAAAAUAUUGAUUCAAAAGUAUGUGAAUAGUGUUAUUUUAUAAUGAAACCAUGGAUUUUGGGGUGGGGGUGAGGGAGGUCUUUCUAGCUAAAUGUCAGGAUAAUCAGAAAAGUUUCAGCAGAAUGCAAUCGCUCCAGAGCCUAAGGGAAGGGCUCUCCCACUGACGUUAGAAAAUCCAGAGCUUGAUUUCUAAGGCUUGAUCUGUCCUAGCAUUAAGACAGUGUCAGUUGGUUUGUGUCCUCAUAGCCAGCAAAUCUGUGCUCCUGCUUCAUCUCCCUGGGACUGCUGGGUCUGAACAAAACCCUUCUGGAAGGGAGUUCUGCGGAACAGUUUUCUCUUGCACCCAUCUUUUUGGCUGGUAGCUUCUUACCAUCCCUUAAACCAAAGAUAGUUCACCUGGUGCCCAGGAAUUUCCUUCAGGAAAAGCGUAUGUGUUUCUUAGAGGACCUGGUCUAAUGGAAAAAUGAGUUUUUCACAGGCAGAAUUUGCUGGACACUGGUUUUACUUGUGCACAGUAAGUUAGAAUCAAGCUCAACCCUUCAGUGUGUGCGUUUUGUUGUACAGGUGUGCAAGCAUUCAUUUAAGGUUUCCAUAAAAUAUUAGGGUCCUAUUUAAAUAAGCUUUUGUACGAGUUAAGUCAAACAGUGAACCGGAGAGAACGUUUUGUAAUGCUAGCGUAUUUCUGAAAUGAACUGGAGAUUCCCAUCCAGGUACCAGCAAAACGUAUUUGAGCGGUGGUGCGUUUGGAAGGUACCCUGUCUCCGAGAGCUGAGUUCCGAUGGCUCACCGGCCUCAGGCACUGCCUGUCGAUUCGGGCGCUAACAGUCCUUAUUUCACUCGUGAAAGAGCAGCAGUUCUUAAGUGCUGGGGCUUCAUGGAGUAAUUACAAGUUACCGGUGUGAAAUGAAAUGAGGAAAAGCAAAUGUAUUAUUAGCUAAAACGUUCCUUGUAGAGCAAUGUUAAAGGUGUUCUGCUUUUGUAUUGGAAACCAUUUAAGGGUCCACAAGCCUCCACUCUUCCCCCCCCCCAAAGAAAACUUGAAAAUUGCUUUCAUAAUGCAGUAAAAUUUACAGUUUUAAGUGAAUGCUCAUAGCAGGAAACAGCAAGUUUUAAUGAAACCAAGCUCCUUGAACACAUGAUAAAUAAUGUGUUUUAAUUAAAAGAGGGAAAGAAGAACCCUAAAAAAAUCCCAAACAACCAAAAGCCCUGAAAGGGUUUAACAACCUGAAGUGUUUUUUUCUGUGCCAAACCCAGAGCAAUGUGUAAUCAGUGAAAGCAAGCUAGGGCUGGUUUCACUUUCAGGCUCUCCUGUACUACGUCAAGGAUGCACUGUUUAGGUUGCAGGCACUUAGGGGGAUAUCUUUAAUGAAAGCCCUUGUUCCAUAAUUUAUUUAAUUCUAGUGAGAGCACUUCUAUUGAUUUCUUCCAAACCCGGAACUUGACUCCAAAUUGUCAAGACACGCGGCCUGACUUUUGGCCUGCGCCUCACUGUCGCUUGCUCCGAAGGGAAGGGAGGGUGUGACGCUACUACUCUGGUUUUGGGAGCGUUUUACACCCCUUUGCUGUGGUGUCAAUGGCUGCGUGUGCUGCAGAGGAGUGUGAAAUCAUUCCUGUAGUCUCGAUGACAGCAUUAGGGUGGUCAGCACUCCUGUGGGGCCGGGUAGCAUUCUUCAAGCCUUGUAACUAGCACCUAAAUAUACCAAAGAUUGGAAUCUUUUAUUCGUCACACUUUGCCCUGCAGACGUACAGCAGCAAUCGAGAGUUUGGUGAUCCUGUCUGCACAGGUUUCUCUCUACCCUUGGCUUGUCCUCACCAAAUGGAGACCUUCUUCCCUGGUCUUCCCUUGCUAUCCCACACAGCGUGUUUUAGGAGAAUAGGGCACGAGGAAAUGGUGUAACUUUUAAUGUUUCAAAGCAACUAAAUCCUCAGGAUCUGUUGUGGCUUUUACCUCAUAUGCGGCAUGGAAGGCUGUUCCAGAGCAGAGCAAAGAGCAUCGUGGGCUGAUGGGCUCAGUCCUCUCCCCGCCAGAGCUUCUGCUCCUUCCCACCACCUAUGCUGAAAUGUGCCUACCCUGUGUAUACACUUGUAUUCCGGUCUGUAUUAACGACAGUAAAUAGCGGUUGUACAGAGACAGAGAACAUGGGGUGCCGGCUCAGACUGCCUGUAUUCUCCUACCUGACCCAAUGCCACCCGUUCGGCACAGGAACAAGCCAAAGCAUUACUUGUAUGUUUGGAGAUGCACUUUUAUGAAUGUAGUUUAUAUCGCUCUUUUUUAGCUCUUUUUACAUCAUGUAAACGGUGAUGCCUCAUA